CUUCUUCAUUGGUUGAUAUAUAACGCAUACAAAACACCGAAAACACACACAGAUAUACAUAUAUAACUUAUGCAUAUAUUCAUGUUUCUUGAACUCAUCUGAAUGCAUUAACCAGCUGCAACCAAAGAGUGUGUGCACACCCCCUUUACUUUCUGGUUCUAAAAAGUGGAGUUUACUCGACCCUUUGUAUGUUUUUUUUUCUGUGUUCACAUCGAUCGAUAUAUAGAUGACUCCGAUUUUCUUAAACUCGACGUCUAAUGAUCAUUACAAUGAGCACCAAUUCUUUAGCCCUAGUGAUCAGCACAUUGAGCACCAGUUCUUGAGCCCUAAUUCUCAAGCUUCUUCUUCUUCCAACUCUCUCACUUGCCAUCUUUUCUUCAACCCUAAUGAUCAAGAUCGUGUUUUUGAUAGAGAAUCACAUCCAUCACAACUUGAGGAUGAUAACUUUGGAUCACAAGCAUACGAUAAUCUUCAUGUAGAGAAUCAAGAUGAGGGAGACAAGAACAUUGGUGGGCUUAAAUUUUCGUUAUGGAAGAGGGAAACUUAUGAUCAUAUGAAUGACGAAAAUCAAGUGAAGUGGAUGUCUUCGAAGAUGCGAGUAAUGCUUAAGAUGAAGAAGUCCGAUCCAGUGAAGCUAAACACCUUACUGAAGCUUGAAGAUCAUCAAGAUCAUAAAGAAGUGGCAUCGUCUCCAUUAAUGGAAGAAAAUGCUAACUCAAACUCGUCCAAUAGUACUUCGUCAAACAACAAUAUCACUAUCCCAGUUAGGGUUUGCUCUGACUGCAACACCACCAAGACUCCUCUAUGGCGUAGCGGACCUCGAGGUCCUAAGUCACUCUGCAAUGCAUGUGGAAUCCGGCAACGGAAAGCCAGGAAAGCAUUGGCCGCCGCUGCCGCAGCAGCGGCAGAAACUGGAAAAGUUGUUUUUGAUGAUAAACCAACCUCAUUGAAAGCUACAAAAGUUCUGCAUAAAGAUCAUAAGAAACCAAACAACGGUUACAUUACAAAGUACAAGAAACGACAAUACUCGCAGCAAAUAAGCACAAACCCAUCGCCAUCUUCGUCUACUCCAACACGAAAGAACUGUGUUGAAGAAUUCUUAGUAAGCUUAAACAAAAACUUAACAUUUCAUCGAGUGUUUCCACAAGAUGAAAAGGAAGCUGCAAUUCUGUUGAUGGCACUUUCUUGUGGUUACGUUCAUGAAUAGAUUGAGUUUCUUUUUUUCUUUUUUUUUAUAAUUCAUCGGGAGUAAUUUUGUCUAAUUUAUGUUUUUGCAAGUGAGCUAUAGCUAUUCAGAAUUUUAAUAUGUAUUUUUCAAUUAGCUAAAAUAGGGUUAAUCAUAGUUGUGUGAUAAGAACUUUGAGAGACUUAAUAAUAAUUCCAACAGAUGGAAUAGUAAAAAAUUAGUGUGUGUAAACCAUCUGUUAGGUUAUAAGAAUAUGAUAAUCAAAUUGCUGAUG